AUGUUCAUUCAGGUGCCGGCUCACCUUCGCUCCAUCUUAGUGUCUCUAGCAUUCCUUUACCAUGUCGUUCUUUGCAUCACCUUCAUAAGCCUGUCCCCCUCGCUCGCUGCGGCAACUGGUUCGGAUCAUGCUUUCCCACCGAAUGUGAUCACAGUAAUAUCGCCUUCUCCAAACACGAACGUGGAAGCCGGAACCACCCUGGAUAUCGCCCUUCGGGCACAUCAUCGGAGCGGAGAGGAUUCGAUAUCUCUUGAAACUUUGGGGAUGAAGAUUGAGCUGUCAAAUGGCUCGGUACAGGUUCCGAUAUUGGCCCGUUCUCGCUCGGACCACCUUGCACAGGAGUGGGAUAACAAUGGCGUGACUAUACGCUACAAGUGGCCCAUCCCUUCAUGCCUGCAUAGCGGGGAGUAUCAUGUCACGACUCACACUUCGGCCGAUCAUGGUCUUGGAGUGAUUCCUGUGACAAUACAAAAUGAUUUACCCUCUCACGCAUGCAAGACAUAUCCAGGUGUUGAUAUGGACCGUUCAUUCCACGCUCAACCACCAGUGAAACGGGCUACAAGCCUCCAACCGAACACGACGCAACAAACUACGUUGUCGGCUACAGAUGCAGCCGAAAUCACAGUGACAGCCGUGUCGUCAGAGCUGACCGUUGUACCAUCUGGCCUCCCCGCAACGAUCGUAAUAGAACCUCCCUCGUCAGAGACGUCCGCCCUCUCGCCUUCGCGGGUCUCCGGCUUUAGCACGGUCUACAAGACGUUCACAACGACGGCCACUGUCAAUGGAUCCGAAAUGCCCAUCACCGUCACCGCUACCACAACCGCGCCAGAGUCAAUCACCAUCGUGCUGACAUCCUUAGAGACCAUAGUAAGCACGACCACUGCGUCUGCAUCAACUCUCGAAUUCACAUCCACGUGA